GGGGUGAUUGCUGUAUAUAAGUAGAGAUCGGCACAGCCUGCCAGCUGCAGCAGCCGUCCGUCACCUGUUUUCAAAAAGCUUCACUUCUGAUCUCUUUUUCGAUUUUGGAAUCCCGAACUUGAUACAGAAAAUGGGACUCUCAAGUCUACCAUCUCCAUCCGAAGGAAUGCUAUGUGUACUCUUGAUAAAUGCAGCUCUGUCCAUGUCUAUGAUUAAAGGCAUACUUCAGUCCAUCCUUCGAAUUAUCGGUAUCCAUCUACCGUCUUCGUCGUUGUCAACAUCCUCGGACUCAAUGACAUCAUCCCUGGAUUCUAUGCCAUCAUUCGAUUAUGUGGAAAGUCCCAGGGAACCAUCUUCGCACUGCAAGGCAUCUAAAAUUUACAUCGAGGAGUUCCGGAGUAAGACCCCGACAGUUCAGUUCCACGCAUUAAGCAGCAGUGAGCGACCCGAGUACGACUGCCCUGUCUGCUGGUGUGAGUUCGAGCCUGAAUCAGAGAUUAACCUCUUGUCCUGCGGUCAUACGUUUCACAAGGAGUGCGUGGAAAAGUGGUUGAGGUAUCUGAGGGGUACCUGCCCUCUUUGCCGGACUCCUAUGGUGGCCGAUGAAGAGUUUGCCAGCUAUUGGUGAGAAGAUUACAAG